UUCGGGAAAUUUCAAAGUUCAAACUUCAAAAUCAUAAGGUACAACAGCUUCACCAGAUGCCGCAGAGUACCUUUCUGACAUUCUUUUGCGUCUGUACCAAAAUUCAGCUACAAUCAGACCUCGAUUUCUAGAAUCAAAUCGCUAGCAAUAACGAAACUGUUCUUCUUACGGCAGAAGCUUUCAUAAUCCAGCCAUGAAGCAGUUGCACAAGCCAGCCAGUACAAGAAGAGAUGAAGAAAUCCCUAUGUCCCAGAACCCACCUUACUCUCCCAAAGCAUUGAAACACCCCAGAUCACUUCCCAGAUCUCUCAAUUAUCUGCUCAAAGAACAGAGACUUCUUUUCAUUCUUGUGGGCAUUCUUAUUGGCUCCACUUUCUUUAUCAUCCAACCUUCCCUUUCCUACCUCUGGUCGGCUUCUUCCGGGCCCAGAAUUCCCAGAUCCCACAGUUUUUCUGGGAAUGGUGAAUCGGUUAGCCUUUAUGAUCGCACGGGGGUGGUGGGAUAUGAUGAGAAUUAUAGGAGUAAGUACCAUAAUGGGGUGGGGAGAGUGCCGGUGGGAAUAAGAAGCAAGAGGAAGAGGAUUGUAGUUACUGGAGGGGCUGGGUUUGUGGGCAGUCAUUUGGUGGAUAAGCUGAUCGCUCGAGGUGAUGAUGUGAUUGUGAUUGACAAUUUUUUCACUGGGAGGAAGGAGAAUGUAGUUCAUUUGUCUGGAAACCCAAGAUUCGAGCUGAUUAGGCACGAUGUUGUUGAGCCAAUUCUGUUGGAGGUGGAUCAGAUCUACCACUUGGCUUGUCCUGCAUCUCCCGUACAUUACAAGUAUAAUCCUGUCAAGACUAUCAAGACAAAUGUGAUGGGGACCCUUAAUAUGUUGGGUCUCGCAAAGAGAAUUGGAGCAAGGUUCCUUCUCACUAGUACAAGUGAGGUUUAUGGUGACCCACUUGAGCAUCCACAGAAGGAGACAUAUUGGGGACAUGUGAAUCCGAUAGGUGUACGGAGUUGCUAUGAUGAAGGAAAACGAACUGCUGAAACCUUAACUAUGGAUUAUCAUCGUGGAGCUGGUGUUGAGGUGCGCAUUGCACGUAUAUUUAAUACGUAUGGGCCUCGUAUGUGUCUUGAUGAUGGACGUGUUGUCAGCAACUUUGUUUCACAGGCCAUACGCAAGCACCCAAUGACAGUUUAUGGGGACGGGAAGCAAACCCGAAGCUUUCAAUACGUGUCUGACUUGGUUGAUGGAUUAGUGGCUCUAAUGGAAAGUGAGCACGUCGGACCGUUCAACUUGGGUAACCCUGGAGAGUUCACAAUGUUAGAGCUUGCCGAGGUUGUCAAAGAAACCAUUGAUCCCAGUGCAACGAUUGAAUUCAAAGAAAACACUGCUGAUGAUCCUCAUAAGAGGAAGCCAGAUAUUAGUAAAGCAAAAGAUCUUCUAAACUGGGAGCCAAAGAUUUCCUUGCGUGAGGGCCUGCCUUUGAUGGUCAAUGAUUUUCGAAAUCGCAUCUUGAAUGAAGAUGAAGGGAAGGGAAACAAAUGAAGAAUGUGUACAAAUUGAUAGCAUGUUGUGCAUGUUACUUCUACAAUAGUGCAUUGAUAUCUUCAUUUUAUUUUUUUAUUAUUAUUUUAUUUUUUUUGCAAAUUUUACCUAUAAGUCACAUCGUCACACUACCUCUAUUAUCUUUUUUCUUUUUUCCUCAAGAAUUCUGCAAUUUCGACCAUGCUUUGAUAUGAAUCCAAUUUUGUACAAUUCCUUAUAAUGGUUUUACGUGACUUGAAUAACAUGAA